ACUGCGAAUGAUAAAAGUUUGUUUACAUACAUACAUUAAUAAUAUUGAAAUUUAAAAUAUUUAUGUAAAAAAAUAAAAAAAUGUCGAUAUUAUUUGAUCACAAACCAUCAAUUUGUGCUGACUCAUGUCGUAUAUGCUUGGAUAAUGACUCAAUUGGAGGUAUAGAUCUUACUAAAGAUCAAAAAAUACUACAGUGGUUUGAAUAUUGUGUUGGUAUAUCUAUUAACAUCCAAUGUCCACCAAAAAGGUUAUGUUUUAAGUGCGCAGAUAAUAUAAACAAUUAUGUAAAAUUUAAACAAAAAUGUCUGGAAUCCGAAGAACAUUGGAAAUCAUUGAAUGAAGAUGUUCAGAAAUACAAUGUAGUUGUAAAAGAAGAAGUUAUAAAAUGCGAGAAUUCAGAAAAUAUAUUUCACGAAGAAAAACAUUUUAAUGGACAAUUUGAGCAUGACAACAAAAAUACUAAACAUGAUAUAAAUGGUAUAAAUAUUAUAACUAACAUGAAUAAUGCUAAGACUCUAGUUGAAAAUGAUAAUAAUAAUGACCAAAGAACAAAUGUUGAAAAUUAUAUAAAUGAUGAAAAAGGAAAUUUAGAAUUGAAUGAAAACUUAUUUCACAUAGACAGUAAUGAUAUUUUGAACAAAAUACCAAAAAGAUACCAAUGUGAGAAAUGUAAGAAGGAAUACAGGAAUCACAAAUGGCUAGUGACACAUAUGAUGAAUCUAUGUUAUAAAAAAGAUAUCAAAAGUAUAAGUAUAGAAGUCGAUAAAAAUAAAGCAACAAAAUUAGAAGAUUCUAAAACUAAAACGAAACAAAUAUCAUUGACCACGUGUGGUUUAUGCAAUACGCCCUUUACCUGUGACAUCGCGAAACACAUGGAUGAUCAUUGGUCAAACAAUGAUUUACAAUGUCAAUUGUGCAAUUAUUGUGGCCGAGAUUUUGCAGAUAUGAUAACACAUAGUUUUGAACACUCACCCAAAAUGAAAUUAUUCUGUCAUGCUUGUAAAAAGAAGAAGGCUUCGGUUCCAUCCCUUCAGUUUCAUUUCAGAUCGGUACAUUUACAAAAAGCGGGUGGUCUUUGUUCUAUAUGCAAUAAAACUUUUAGAAAAUUCAAUACUUGGAGGAAACACGAACGACUACACAACGAAAAUAGUUUGUUUAUUUGCGACCACUGCGGAAGGAAAUUUUUAUACAAAAAUGAAAUCAAAUCACAUCUAAUUUACCACACGGAUGUGAGGCUAUUCGUUUGCGAAACAUGUGGGAAAGGUUUCAGGAGAAUGUCCGGUUUAAAGGACCAUAUAAAGAAUUUACAUACCGUAAUUCAUCCAGUGAAAUGUAACCAUUGCGAUAAAACUUACAAAAGUCAGACGAAGUUAGAUCUUCAUUUAAGGAAUCUCGCAAAAGACAAACCAUUCACAUGUGAAGUGUGCUCCAAGACUUUUGUAUCGCAGAAAGUAUUAAAAAAACAUAUGUUCUGGCACACCGGCGAGAGGCCUCAUACUUGUGAAGUUUGCGGGUCGAGAUAUAAAGCCAAAGGGCAGUUGAAUCUACACAUGCGAAGCCACACGGGUUUUAUGCCCCAUAAAUGUGUUGAUUGUGGCAAAGGUUUUCCAACGUCGACGCAGUUGAGGAGACACCGCAGCGUUCACACGGGUGUCCGAGCGUAUAAAUGUGUGCACUGCGAACGAUCUUUUCAUCAAAAGAAGACUUUGUUGGAACACGCAACGCAACACAAAAGCACUCACGGUGCAGAACCGGAAAACUAGAUGCGUGUUCAUAUUUUUAAAUGUCAGUUUUUGUAUGAAUAUUG